AAAAAAAAAAGAAGAACGAUAUUUUCAACAAAACACAACAUGAAGGAUGUAACAUUACAGAAUGACCAAUGGAGUGCAGACAAUUAUAACACUCAUGCGUCAUUUGUACCUCAACUUGGAAAUACUAUUUUAAGCAUGCUGAACGCACAAUCUCAUGAACGUAUAUUAGAUGUAGGUUGUGGAAGUGGAGAAUUGACAAACGAUUUGGCAAGUCAAUGUGCUCAAGUGGUUGGAAUAGAUGCUAGUCCGGAUAUGAUCAACAAGGCUAAUCGUAUUCGACGUUAUGAUAACACGACAUAUCAUGUGGUGGAUGGACAGGCAAUACCUUCUUGGCUUACUGAAAACCAAAUACCUACUUUUGACGCGGUAUUCUCAAACGCAGCAUUACAUUGGAUGAAAAAUGAUCCUGAAGGUGUCAUCAAAGGUAUGCAUAAAGCUUUGAAAUCUGGAGGAAGAAUUGCAGUUGAAUUUGGUGGAUUUAUGAACGUUGGUGAAGUACAUACGGCUUUGAUACAGGCAUUGAAUCGACGUGGAUUAGAUGGUAAAGCGUAUUCUCCAUGGUUUUUCCCUUCUGAUAUUCAUUACCGACAUCUUUUGGAGAAGCAUGGAUUCAACGUACAACAAAUUGAUUUGAUACCGCGACCUACUCGUUUGGAUACUGAUGUUGCUGGAUGGAUUGAAACCUUUGGAUUUACGUUUUUGAAUGCCUUACCGACAGAUCGAGAUCGACAGCAAAUGAUUCAGGAAAUUGUAGAACAACUUCGACCUUCUUAUCAAAGAGAAGAUGGUGCUUGGUAUGUUAUGUAUGUGCGUCUUCGGGCAGUGGCUAUUAAGACGUAAACCUUUUUUGUAGAAUAUAUCUAUACUUACUGUUUGAUUCAACGUCCGAUUAUCCUAUUUUUUUUUUUCAAUAAAGUCUUGGUUGUAUUUUUUUUUCUCCCUC